AUGUCGUCAUCCGCGUCAGGUGCAGAUCUCAUCACUCUAUUAAGCAAUGCCUCUACACAAAUCAAUCGCUAUCUCGCCAUUUUUAUCUUUCUUUUUGGAACUAUUGGGAAUAUUUUCAACAUUCUAGUACUCACGCAAAAGUCUUUGCGUUCAAAUCCAUGCACCUGGCUGUUUCUUUUGUCAUCUAUCGCGUUUCUCAUUAGUAUUCUUGCUGGUGUUGUCUCACGAUUUCUUUCGACAUGGGGAGCUGAUCUGACGAACACUAAUCAGUUCCUUUGUAAGUUUCGGAUCUUUUUUAUUCUCAGUUCACUGACUGCUGGCUAUUGGCUCAUCAUGUUGGCCACAGUCGAUCGAUGGCUUUCGUCAAGUGUCGAUGCCAAUCGACGACGAAUAAGCACUCUCAAGAAUGCUCAGCGUGGUGCAGCACUUAUUAUCAUACUCUCGCUACUUCUUCGAGUACUAGAAUUAAUUUGUUAUGAAGCCAACCUUACCGAUGCUCCAUUGAAGUGCUAUUUAAAAACAGCUCUAUGUGCCAUUCUAGCAGAUUUAAGUUUUGCUCUAAUCACUAUUCUCUGUCCAUUGUUACUGAUGCUAAUAUUUGGACUGAUGAUCAUAUCGAAUGUACGUCAAACACGGGCUCGUUUACAACCAACACCUGUCACAAUCGAUAGUCGUGCAACCAAAAACACAACAAUAUCUACUGGCAAUGAACAACAGAGUCAACAAAGGAGAAUGGAUCGACAUUUAUUGGUCAUGCUUUUGGUUCAAGUUGUACUUCUUCUCGUAAUUACUCUUCCGUUCGCUAUUUCAAAGCUUUAUACGACAAUAACCAGAGAUAGAGUGAAGUCGACAUUGCAAAACAUUACUGAGAGCUUUAUCUUCAAUUUGUUUCUUGUACUCUUGUUUGUUGCUUCUGGAAUGCCAUUCUAUAUAUAUACACUGACGGGAGGACAUGUGUUUCGACGAACAUUAUUCAACUUGAUGCAAACAUUUAUUCAAAAACUCAAAUGUUGA